AUAAAGAAAUCCCCAUUUUCCUUAUCUUCAUAAAAAAAAAUGGAUUCCAUUAACAUUGCUAAAGGCUAUGGCAAAGUAAGCUCUCUAGAAAACCCCACCGCCACCACCCAUCACCACCGUCAAAACGCUCCAUCCGCUUGCCGUAAACGCCUAAUCGCCAUCGUAAUCGCCUCCAUUAUCAUCCUCUCCAUAGUAAUCGCCGCCGCCGUCGUCGCCCUAAUCCACGAAUCCAUCACCGAAGGCCCCGAAGAAGAUGAACAACCAAAAAACUCCCCAAACCCAUCAAAUUCCGACUCGAUCCACACCGUAUGUACCUUCACCCAAUUCCCCGAUUCAUGUUUCAAAUCCAUAUCAAAUCUCUCAAUUACACCCACACAGAAAUUCGAUCCAGAAAUCAUCUACAGUUUAUCCCUAAAAGCCGCGAUCGAAGAACUCGUUAACCUAACUUCGUUUCCCAAUACUCUGAUUCAUAAAUACAAUCGCACAGAACCGAAAACCGUUUCUGCGUUGAAUGAUUGCGUUGAGUUGUUCGCCGAUGGGUUGAGUCAACUCAGGAACUCGGAAGAAGCGAUGAAAGGAAAUAAUGGAACGGCGAUUGCGAUGACUGAGUUGGCGAUGGAGAAUAUGAAGACGUGGACUAGUGCGGCGAUGACGGAUUUGGACACGUGUAUUGAUGGAUUGGAGGAGAUGGAAUCGACGGUGGUGGAUGAAGUUAAAAUGAGGGUGCAGAAAUCUAAGGAGUAUAUGAGUAACAGCUUAGCAAUUCUCUCAAAUAUGAAGGCUAUUCUGGACAGGUUUCAUCUCAAGUUGCAUUAAUUAUUUAAUAAUAAAAAAGUUUUUUUUUAAAAAAAUGAUGAGAAUAUUUUAUUAGGAUAUAUUAAAUGUUGUGUUAUUUAUUUACUAUAUUGUCCUUAACUUGUUUGUUUGUAUAAUGUUUUGUUGAGUAAAAAAUGGAUGGUGUUUCAUGUUUGGACAAUUUAUUUGAAUAUUUUAAUUAUAUGAAUUUGUGAUGUUUU